AUGUCGACCGUCAACAGUUUUGAAAACUCGCAGAAGACUGGCUCGGCUGGGAUCAUCAAGACUCAGGUCGAAACUGUAGAGCAUUCUCAUCCCGCCGAAAUGAACCCUGCGACUGGCAAGGAUGCUGCCCCCUUGAUGUUCUCGAAGGAGGACGACCUCACUGUUUGGCAGUCGGUGCGACGAUACCGGAUGGUCGGUGUGAUUGCUAUGGCGGCAGCAUUCAGCGCUUCGCUGGAUGGCUACCAGAUCAACCUCAACGGAGGCAUCGUUUCCAAUAAAGGCUUCAUCCGACAAAUGGCCACGGCUGGCACGACCAUCAUCGCGGGCAAAUACAUCUCAGCCUGGGGCGGAAUCCAAGCGACUGGACAGACAAUCGGUCAGAUUCUUCUCCAAUAUGCGACGGAAUCGCUAGGGCGAAAAGUAGCUCUAUAUAUCAUUUGGCUCACGUUCGUGGUGAGCGUUCUGAUAGAAUCAUUCGCCAUGAAAUGGGAACACUGGCUCGUCGCAAAGCUGUUCUCGGGAAUGGGUGUUGGUAUGCUCCAAUGCACGAUGCCACUGUAUCUGUCUGAGAUUGCUCCGACGCAACUCAGAGGAUUCUUCAUCAAUGCGUACACCUUCUGGUUUGUGGUAGGGCAAUUGUUCGCCUCGGUGGCUCUGAAUAGGCUGAGUGCCGCGGAUCCGUAUGAUUUCCGAACUCCCAUCUACACCCAAUGGGCUAUGAUAGGCGUCGCAGGCAUUAUUUUCAUCCUCGUUCCGGAGACACCCUGGUGGCUUGUCAGCAAAGGCAAGACCCAACAAGCAGAGAAGGUCCUAAAGACAUGCAACGGUAGUGUGCCAGGCUAUGAUAUCCACGACCAGAUUAAUGUGAUGUCUGCCACCGUAGCGCACGAGCGAAUCCUCGCCGAACGCAACAAGGAGCAAGGCAUGUGGGCUGUUUUCAAAGGUCGAAACUUGAUCCGAUUCAUUAUUGCUGGAUGGCCCAAGAUCACGCAGCAGUUUAUCGGGUUAUCUGUGUUCAAUACCUACGCCACAUACUUCUUCCAAUAUGCUGGGAACAAGAAUCCGUUUCUGGUGACCGUCAUCCUUUCGUGUGUCCAGCUCAUCUCCAUGCUCGCCACAGCCACAUUGACAGAUCAACUCGGUCGUCGUCCGUUGACGGUGUAUCCCUAUGCUGUGACCGUUCUCUCAGUGCUGUGUCUGGGUAUUAUCGGCUGCUUCGACUACAAGACGACAGCACUCAGUUCUCUGCUGAUCUUCUUUGCCUGUCUGGCGACCUUCUCCACGACUGGUGCGUCCGCCAUCGGAUACGCCUACGCAGCCGAGAUCCCUCAGCAACGGCUCCGCGCUCAGACAGCCGCCUGGUCUCUGGCUUUGUCGAAUAUGAUUAGCAUCAUGUUUAGCUUCUGUACCCCGUUGAUGAUCAAUCAGCCACCUACCAAAUGGGGCCCAAAGACCGGCUUCUUCUUUGCUGGUACUGGUACCAUAUCUGUGAUUAUUGCCUGGUUUAUCCUUCCCGAGGUGACGCGUCGCACACCGGGUGAAAUUGAUGAAUUGUUUGAGAAGAGGGUCAAUCUGCGCAAGUUCAAGGGCUAUGUCACUGAUGCUCGAAUCGCUGCGGAUGAGCACCGCAAGCAACAGGAGUCGGCUUGA